AUGUCGCUACGUCCCGAAUCUACUCUCCCCUCUUCCUCAAACCCCCCCCCCCCACCCUCUCCCCCCACACCACCCUCUCCCCCCACCUCCCCCACUCCCGCCCGGCAGGAUGAGACGUUUGACUUCGGUCCACGUGGCGACCUCGCGUACGACGCCGUCGGGCCGCUCCUCCUCAACGUCGGCUGCUUCCCGGACGCUUCCUCCGCGCGCGCCUUCUUCCAAACCCUAGCCGCCAGGUUCGGCGAUACCCAUGCCGCAGCCUCGGCGGAGAACGUGCGGAGCUUGGGGGCGCCGAUGCGCAUGGGGGAGGGCAUGGCGGAGCAGGCGCUGCUGGGGGAGGGGAAGACGGGGGUGAUUCAGGCGGUGGCGGCGGAGGGGGAGGAGGAGUCCAUGUACUUCGUGACGGAGCGCGAUCUGCGGAAGCUCGAGCGCAACAAGCGCAAGGACGAGCGCCAGCGCAUGGUGGGUCUCAGGGUUUCGCUGAGGGGGGAGGGGGGGAAGUGGGAUGGGGGAAAGGGGGAGGGGAGGAAGGGGUGUUGGCAAUAUGCCCUUUCUCUCCUUUGCUGCAGGCACAUCGCCUUUGCAGAAUGCAUGCAUGCAAGGCGAGGAGGCGUACGAGGCGCACGUGAAGGAGUGCGAAGCGACCAUGCCGUUGGUGACGGUGACGCGUACGAAGCGCACGUGAAGGAGAACGAAGCCAUUCUGUCGUCGAUGGCGCUGGUGACGGUGUCACACGGGGGUGACGGCACGGAGGGCGGAGCGAAGGACAUCCAUCUCUCCCCUUUCCGCCUUCCCUUUUUCCGCUUCCUGUCACCCCAGGACGCGUACGAGGCGCACGACGCGUACGAGGCGCAUGUGAAGGAGAGCGAAGCCAUUCUAUCGUCCAUGCCGAUGGUGACGGUGUCGCACGGGGGCGAUGGCACGGAGGGCGGGGCGAAGGACAUCCACCUCAGCAACUUCACCGUCACCGUGGCGGGGAAAGACCUCAUCAGCGAUGCUUCCAUCACUCUGGCUUUUGGGCGAAGAUAUGGGCUGAUCGGGCGCAACGGGACGGGAAAGACCACCCUGUUGAAGCACAUGGCGAUGCAUGCGAUCGACGGCAUUCCGCGAUUGUGCCAGGUGCUGCACGUGGAGCAGGAGGUGGUGGGGGACGACACAUCCGUCCUACAGUGCGUGCUCAGUGCCGACCUCGAACGCACCGCUCUUCUAGAGGAAGAGAAGCAGCUUCUAUCGAGGAAAACUGGCGGGGAGGAUGGGGAGGCGGGCGGGGAGGCGGAGGGGAAGAAGCGGGAUGGGGGAGGGGCGGAGGCGGGUGCAGCGGAGGAUGAGGCGGCGGCGAAACGGUUGGCGGAGCUUUAUAAGCGGUUGGAGGAGAUUGAUGCGUACUCUGCUGAGUCCCGAGCUGCUUGCAUCCUUGCUGUAAGCGAGAGAGGUGGAGAUGGGAGGAAGUGUGUUAUGGAUGCGGUUACUGGUGGUGAGCAGAGGUGUUAA